GGAAACGUAGAGCCGAGUAUCGACAUCUCCUGGUUCCGCUGUGGAAAUGGCCUCUUCUGCUCUCCUCCCGCUAUAAAUGCCAAAUGAGCUGCUACUUUCUUGGAGACAACUUAAAGCCUCGUCUUCUGAGACACUAACCGGGAGUGUCGGGUGGGGAGCUUGUUGCGGUACUUUGAGGAGCGAGGUAAAGAAAGAUACACAUUCACAUAAACAAUGCCACAUUUCUUGUGGCCGGAGCCGCUGUCACCCGCACAACUCAAGCGGCUGGAGGAGCAUAAAUACAGCGCCGCUGGCCGAUCCCUGUUCGAGCCCCCGUGCCAAAUCUACUGGAACUGGCUCGUCCAGCAAAUACCGACAUGGAUCGCACCAAACACACUGACUAUUGUGGGACUGCUGGUCAACAUCGUCUCCACGGUGGUGCUUGUGUAUUAUUGUCCCACGGCAACAGAGGAGGCUCCGUCAUGGGCCUUCAUCCUGUCCGCUCUGGGCCUUUUCAUCUACCAGUCUCUGGACGCUAUUGAUGGGAAACAAGCCAGGAGGACGAACAGCAGCUCGGCCCUCGGGGAGCUCUUCGACCACGGCUGCGACGCCGUCUCUACAGUCUUUGUCGCGGUGGGGACGUGCAUUGCGUGUGGAAUAGGAAUUUACCCAAACUGGAUCUUCUUCUGUGGUUUCAUCGGGAUGUUUAUGUUCUUCUGCGCCCACUGGCAGACCUACGUGUCGGGGACUCUCCGCUUUGGCCUGGUUGACGUCACAGAGGUGCAGGUCGCCAUCACAAUCAUGUAUCUGAUGUCAGCCUUUGGAGGCGUGAGCCUCUGGCAAGCCACGUUGCCCGUCAUCGGACUGAAGAUGUACUACUUCCCCAUCAUGGGCAUCGUUGGGGGCGCCCUGUACUCCUGCUACAACUACUUCUACGUGAUUUUGAACGGAGGUGUCGGCAAAAAUGGCUCCACCGUGGCCGACACGAGCGUGCUGAGUCCUGGUUUGCACAUCGGCCUCAUCCUCACGCUGGCCUUCAUCAUUUUCAAGAAGUCGUCCAGCCACCUGUUUGAGCACCAUCCCUGCCUGUACCUGCUCACCUUCGGCAUGGUCAUCGCCAAGAUCUCCAACAAGCUGGUGAUAGCGCACAUGACCAAGAGUGAGUUGCACCUCCCCGACACGGCCUUCAUCGGCCCCGGCCUCCUCUUCCUCAACCAGUACUUCAACAGCUUCAUUGACGAAUACAUAAUCCUUUGGAUCGCCAUGGUCCUUUCUCUUGUGGAUCUGACGCGCUACUGUACGGGCGUGUGCCUCCAGAUCGCCUCCCACCUGCGCAUCCGAGUCUUCAGCAUCACUCCGCAGAGCCAGGCCCACCGCGACUGACGGGUUGCCCGGCGGGAGGAGGCGGGGGGAGACGCAGAUCUCUCCCCGCUCUUGAAAGCAGACGACCACGGCGACGAGGAGCGACCCUCGACCCCGAGCCACUGCAGCCUCGACAAAGUGACCACCUCGAAUUAAAACUGCCUCAGCCACCAAAUGGAAAGAAGGAAGAAAAAAAAAAAAACUAAAAGAAAAAACUCAACACUACAAAACCAAAAGAAAACACUUGAAAACCACGGAUAUGUUGACGUGGAAGCAGAGUUUCCCUUUAAAAUCUGAUUUAGUUUCAACAUCGGAGCAUGAAAGUUAAAAAAAAAAAAAAAAAAAAAGUUCAAGGGACGCUCUUUACACAAAUACCAAAAUAUUUUCUUUAAAUAGGUAUCUUACAGCUUGGGCACAUAUCAGAUUUAAAGCUAGUGAAGGAUUGUCAUGUAUUUGUUUAACAUGAAUAUACGACAGAUAAAUGCUUGUAUUAUUUUUCUGAUAUGUGCCGAAACUAAAGAGAUCACCCGUUUUCAUUUGUAUUUUUAUUUAUUGAACAAAUGCGACUCGAUGUGAACAAAAAUCAGGGCUAAAAUACAUUUUUUUUUUUUUUUUAAAUAUUAUUAUUAUUUUAAAAUGACCUUUCAAACCUCAGAUAAUUUCCAAUUAAGUUUCCAAUGUGGACUGGCAGAUUGUCAACGGGCUACGUGAAGGGGUGACGGUGUUAGUGCUGAAAACGGCGACAGGCUGCCCUCACAAAACACCACUCCAGUUUUUAAAGUUUUUAUUAUUUCCCCCCUCAUAUUACUCAUCUCAUCCCCGCAGUCCUCGAAAAAAACAAAAAUAAAAACUCCGGGCCUGUAGCGCGACCGUCCGCCGAUGAAGCACUAACACUCGGACUUGCUCUGCUUUCUCCGUUCUUCUCCCUGAAGGGCUAACACUUGAUUAUGUGUGAUUGUACAGAACUGAAACGAAUACGCCUUAAAUAUUUUUGUUGUAAUUACUGUUUGAAUUGUGAAUAUUUAAAGCAACUUUGUAUGUUUUGUUUUGUUUCAGGUUUUUCACUGAAGUAUCAUACCAGGUACAAUAAUAGUAAUAAUACAAUUCUACUGGAAUAUUUUAUUUUAUUUUAUUUUUUGGACAUUUUCGUCACUUAUACAAAUCUGUUAAAUAUAGACGAGUGAUUCAUUGGAAGAUUUGUUACCAGUAAUUGUGUAAUGAUCGAGUAACUUCAUCAUGUUCAGGUUCUUUGGGAUCAAAAGGGAUUUUUAUUUUUUGUCAGCGUGUUAACUAUUUCAAAAGGAAAAGGAAAAAAAAAAGAAAUGGUUGAUUUUAUUUAGGAAGCCUCUCGUUCUCGAGAUUUCUCUCUCGUGCACGAUUACGGGCAACUACAUAGAAGCAUGUCCUUCACCAAAAGGAGAUAAUUUUUCUGUAAUUUAUGGAUGGACUUUGGAUCUAUGCAUUGAAAUGUACAGCCUUGAUUGCACUGUUAGGAUAACGCAGUGAAACACCUUUCUACUAACAAAAUAGGAAUGGAAAAGAUUGUAAUAAAGAAAAUAUUUUUCAUCCA